AUGGAAAAAUCCAAAAAUUUCCGCAUCGACGCUCUGCUGGCUGUCGAUCCCCCGAAGGCGGCGGCGGCGGGGCAGAGCGCGCCGCUUGCUCUGGUCACCUCACUGAGCGGCAGCAGUAGCAGCGGGAGCGGCAGCCCGCCGUCCUCCUCCUCUUCCUCGUCCUCUUCAUCUUCCUCUGAGCAUCCCGCUGGUGGCCCCGCCGACUGCCUGCGCACUGACAGCCCCUCUCCACCGCGCCUCCUGGCUGCUCACUGCACCCUAGUCCCCAAACCCGGCUUUCUGCCCGGUACUGGCGCCGGCUCUCAUCCGCAUCACCACGCUUCAGCAGCCGGCAUGGCCUUGGGACUGCACCCCGCUGCUCCCGGCGGGCCGGGCAUGCCUGCGCAGGCAGCCCUCUACGGGCAUCCCGUGUACGGGUACUCGGCGCUGGGCGGGCAGCACCCGGCCCUCUCCUACUCCUACUCACAAGUCCAAGGAGCGCACCCAUCGCACCCCGCCGCCGAUCCCAUCAAGCUCAGCGCCGGCACCUUCCAGCUGGACCAGUGGCUGCGGGCCUCCACCGCCGGCAUGAUCCUGCCCAAAAUGCCCGACUUCAACUCCCAGGCACAGUCCAACCUUCUGGGGAAGUGCCGCCGGCCGCGCACGGCCUUCACCAGCCAGCAGCUGCUGGAGCUGGAGCACCAGUUCAAGAUCAACAAGUACCUCUCCCGGCCAAAGCGCUUCGAGGUGGCUACGUCGCUAAUGCUCACCGAGACUCAGGUGAAGAUUUGGUUCCAGAACCGGCGCAUGAAGUGGAAGCGCAGCAAGAAGGCGAAGGAGCAGGCGGCACAGGAGGCCGAGAAGCAGAAGGGGGGCUGCGGGGAGGACAAGGGGGAUGAGGACCUUCUGCUGCCCGUUCCGGAGAAGAGCGGUGGGAGGAGAAUGCGGGAGCUGGCCGACAGCGAGCCCGAGGACGAGGAAGAUGAGGAGGAAGAAGAGGAGGCAACAGUGUCAGCAGCCGGGAGAUGCUGUCCCUACCAUUCCUCCGACUGCUCCGAGGCGGACGAGGAGGACACGAAGCCCCGGGGCCGGCACGGAGCCCCGGCGCAGCCCCAGUGA